GGCUGAGAGCUCACAGGGUGCCAUUGGGGUGUUUGUAAACCUUCUUUGGGGUCAAUAUUGUCACUGCCUGCCAGAGAUCACCCUCUGAGUCACCAAAUUGCUUCUGACCUGCCCCUGGUGUGCAAUCCAAGCUUUAUUCAUCCCUCUGUUUCUGGCUAUAAGGAAGGAAUUUGUCAUUUAACGCUUAAUUAUUCACCAGAAGCACCAGGAAGGCUGAGAUAAACCUCGCCAGGUCGACUUCGGAUUCAGCCUUUUUAUUUGGGGAUGGAUUCUUGGGAAUCGUGAGCACCUGGAGCGGGACUGGGGCUCCCAGGACGUGCUUUUAUUUUGGAAUUCAGGGGAGCAGGAGGAGGCUGCGGUCACACGGCAGGGAAGUGUGCGGAGCUCCUGCUCCUUAUCGGGAACAAAAGGAGCUCUGUUGGGACUCAGCAGAUCUCUCCUUAAGCCUCCCCUGGACUUUGCUUCCCUCCUGCCUCACAGAAGCAGCUCCCGGAGCUGGAUCUGCCUCUGGACAGGAUGUCUCCACAGGCAAAUGAGGUGACUGACAGUGCCUACAUGGGCUCAGAGAGCACCUACAGUGAGUGUGAGACCUUCACAGAUGAGGACACCAGCACCCUGGUCCAGCACGAGAUGCACGACGAGGUGGAGACCGACAGCGCCAUCGACUCCACCGUGCACUCGGAAUUCACAGAUCCCAUCGAGGAGCCGGAGCAUGGAUCCCAUCCCCACGAGCUGGCCCUGGGCUCGGAGCUCGGCCACUCCAUCGUCACCGUCAUCAGCGGGGAGGAGCAUUUCGAGGAUUACGGGGAGGGGAACGAGGCCGACCUGUUCCCAGACCCUUUGUGUAAUGGGGAAAGCAGCUUUGGCAGCUCCUCCUUCCUCUCUCCCAGCCCAAAUAAAAGACUCUCCAGCAAGAAGGUGGCAAGGCAGCUGCACCAGACGAGCUCGCUGGCAGUGGGGGUGAUGGAGGAACCCUACAGGGACAGCCUGGACUGCACCGACGAGGACAUCACCGACAAGGUGGUGUUCCUGGAGAAGCGGGUGACAGAGCUGGAGAAGGACACGGCUGCCAACGGGGAGCAGCACAGCCGCCUCCGGCAGGAGAACCUGCAGCUGGUGCACAGAGCAAACGCGCUGGAGGAGCAGCUGAAGGAGCAGGAGCUGAGGGCUGACCAGACCCUGCUGGAGGAGAUCAAGAAGCAGAGGGAGCUGCUCAGCAAAAUGGAGAGGGAGAAGAGCAUUGAGAUCGAGAACCUGCAGGCCAGGCUGCAGCAGCUGGAUGAUGAGAACAGCGAGCUGAGGUCCUGUGUGCCCUGUCUGAGAGCCAACAUCGAGAGGCUUGAGGAGGAAAAGCAGAAGCUGCUGGAUGAGAUCGAGGACCUCACUGUGCAGCUCACAGAGGAGCAGGAGAAAAAGAGGAAGAUGGGGGACAAGCUGAGUCAGGAGAGGCACCAGUUCCAAAAGGAGAAGGAGUCGACACAGGAGCUCAUCGAGGACCUCAGGAAGCAGCUGGAGCACCUGCAGCUCUUCAAGCUGGAGGCAGAGCAGCGCAGGGGCCGGAGCAGCAGCAUGGGGCUGCAGGAAUACAACAGCAGGACACGGGAGACAGAGCUGGAGCAGGAGAUCAAGCAGCUCAAGCAGGAUAACAGGAACCUGAAGGAGCAGAACGAUGAACUGAACGGGCAGAUCAUCAACCUGAGCAUCCAGGGAGCCAAGAACCUGUUCUCAGCCUCCUUCUCCGAGUCCCUGGCAGCAGAGAUCAGCUCUGUCUCCAGAGAUGAGCUCAUGGAAGCAAUCCAGAAGCAAGAGGAGAUCAACUUCCGCCUGCAGGAUUACAUCGACAGGAUCAUCGUGGCCAUCAUGGAGACCAACCCCUCCAUCCUGGAGGUCAAGUAACGGCAGCCAGGAGCUGCUCUUGUUGGGUGGAUUUGGUGCUCUGAGAGGAUGAAGAGGGACUCCAAACGUCUUUGCACUUGAUGAAGGCACAAGGAAGCCUCAGGUCGGGGGGUGACUGAGCCACGGACCAGGGAAAAGGAAAACCAGCAGCCAGG